AUGAUGCAAUUGUUGAAAGAGGCUUUACCUGAAGAUAACAUAGUUCUUGAUAGUUAUUAUCGGACCAAGAAACUAGUGCGUAGCUUGGGUUUGCCGGUUGAAAAGAUUGAUUAUUGUGAAUUAAGAUGUAUGUUAUAUUGGGGUGAUGAUGAACACCUUACAUCUUGUACAUUCUGUAGCCAUGAGAGAUACAAGCGUUGUGUCAGCUCUCGCAAGAGGAAAUUGGUCCCUUAUAAGAAAAUGUAUUAUUUUCCUUUGAUACCUAGAUUGCAAAGAUUAUAUGCAUCCCAUGCUACAACUGUCGACGUGAGAUGGUAUCAUGAGCAUACAAAAGAGGAUGGUGUAAUGAGUCAUCCGUCAGAUUCUGAGGCUUGGAAGCACUUCAAUGAAACUCAUCGUUGUUUUGCUGCUGAACCAAGAAAUAUAAAAUUGGGGUUAUGUACUAAUGGUUUCCAACCAUUUAGUCAAUCUGGGAGUAAGUACUCUUCAUGGCCAGUGAUUGUUACUCCUUACAAUUUACCUCCAGGGAUGUCCUUUAAUAAAGGAAUUGACCUUGCUGUGGGAGACAAGUGUGAAAGCAUUUUACAUCUCAAAAAAGCAAAACUUUCAAUUACAAUCAGUGACUUUCCAACAGAUUCUAUGCUAUCAGGAUGGAGUAAUGCGAGUAAGUUAGCAUGUACCUAUUGUAUGGAGGAAACACAAUCAUUCAGUUUGAAACAUGGUAGGAAAACAUCCUGUUUUGAUGCCAAAACCAAAGACAAUCCACAAUCACGUCAAGAUAUGGUAGUCUAUUGUGAUCGACCUCAAUUGGAAAAAGACGGUAGUGGAAAAUAUCCGAAAGCUAUAUAUACAAUAGACAAGGAAGCAAGAUCGAUCUUGUUCAAUUGGGUGAAAGGCUUAAAGUUUCUAGAUGGGUAUGUUUCAAAUUUGGGUAGAUGUCAAGACACAAAUGCAAAAAGGAUGUUUGGCAUGAAAAGUCAUGAUUGCCAUGUGUUCAUGCAACGACUAAUGCCUAUUGCUUUUCAUGAACUACUUCCUAGUAAUGUGUGGCAGACACUUACAGAAUUGAGCUUAUUUUUUAAAGAUCUUUCUUCAACCACUCUACGAGUGGAUAACAUGGAGAGAUUAGAGGGAGAUAUCCCACAAAUCUUGUGCAAGUUAGAACGUAUAUUUCCUCCUGGGUUUUUUGACUCAAUGGAACAUCUACUUGUGCACCUUCCAUAUGAAGCAACAAUAGCUGGACUUGUGCAAUAUCGAUGGAUGUAUCCUUUUGAAAGUGGUCCAUCCGUUUUAUCUAUUAAGGUCCGAUGUAAUCCUAUUGAGAAUAAGUUCUUGCGUAGUCUUGCUCGUGGACCAUUGAUAGGCGCUACAUGUCAUUCUGUUUAUUUUGUUAAUGGAUACAAAUUUCACAUAGAAUGUCAUGGUAGCGCAAAAUCAACAAUGAAUAGUGUAGUUUGUAUCUCAGAUUCAAAUUGUGGUGAUUAUUAUGGACAGAUAAAAGAGAUUAUACAAGUGGAAUACCGUGAAGCACCUUUGAAGCAAAUUGUUUUAUUCAAAUGUGAAUGGUUUGACCCAACUAUGGAUGUUGGUGUCAAAAAGCAUAAUCAGUACAAAUUGAUUGAUAUUAAUCAUCAUCGUCGAUAUAAAAAAUAUGAACAUUUUAUUCUUGCAAUGCAAGCAACUCAAGUGUGCUAUGUGCCUUAUCCGAGCAAGAAAAAUGACAAGGAUGAUUGGGUAGCUGUAUUGAAGGUCAAACCUCGAAAUGUUAUUAAACUACCAGAUGAGGAAGUGGUGACAACUUCAGAACUGAAUGUUCCAUUCCAAGUUGAANUCAAGGGGAAAAAGAAGUGA